CUUAAAGAGCGAGCGAGCAAAAAGUAGCGCUUAGAAGCGGUUGCCAUGGCAGCUACGGCAUUUUCUCUACCGCUACCCCUCCCCGCCCUUAUGGGAUAGAACGCUUAACAACUGUACGGAGCGCGCCGAGCAACAAAAGACCUUGUUGGCAGGUGGGCGACGAAAUGCGCCUUUGCUCCAAGAUGGCAGGGCAAGAGCCAGAGCAAGAGCAAGGCUCGCUGGAGGGGCAGCUGCAAUCUGGAAGAUUUCUGGUUACGGAGGUGCAGCAGCAUUCUGAACCACCAAUAUCCACUGCUGAACGACCAAAGGCAAAAUCCCAAAUCCUUCAAGUUGUAUUGUCCAUGGAUGAGGCACCAGAACCUACUAUUGAGAAGACAUCGGAACCUGCCAUGGAGGAGGCACCAGAAGCUACCCAGUCAGCAUCUGAGGUUAAUCCUCCGGUUCCCCCUUUGGAAACUCUUGGAACUUUGCUCACUCAGCAACAUCAGACAGGAGUUGAAUUUCCACGUGGUUUGGUCAGAUCAGCAGAAACCCUUGUGAAGCCUCAAGGAGUGGUAUCUCAGGAAGUGGUGCCCCAACAAGUGGUGACUCCACAAGUGGCACCUCAAGGAACAGAACAACAAGCUGACCCACCUGCUAGUGCUUCUAUAGAGUUCUCAGAUGAGUCCAUGCCUGUGAUAUAUCAAGAUCCCUUUGAGGUUUCAAUUAGGUACAUGGAGAAGCAUAAUAUUCUGCAGAUAUUUCAGGAGAUCACUGAAAAUCUUGUGUAUGAGAAGCCUGAGAAUCCAUUAGAAUUCAUGUUGAAACAGGUUCAGACUAUGAUAAGUAGGAAAGGGCAUGAAGAAUGUGAAAGGCAAAAGCCGCUGUAAACGAGAAAGACCUGAAAGCGCAAGGCACUCUCCUUGGACACUGUCGUGGGUGGAACAAGUUCCUGUGCUGCUGUCCUGCAUGCUCUGUCUAUGCAAAUUCUAUAGAUUUGAACACUGUUGGUGGUAACUGAUUUCUUCCAGUAGAGGUGUUGUGCUGGGUUAUCUGGGAGGAUAGAAAGUACAUAGGAGCACAGAUGGUCACAUGUCUUUUUGGAAGCCACUGAGGCACUCUACAUAAAUACUGUCUAUCCAAUAUGAAGGCAGUAAUCCUAAAGGGGUCUUCACACCUGCUGACUAUCAUAGUAAGAGCUGAUCUACACAUCCUGCAGUAUCGGAUUGUGCUGUUCUCACUGGACUGGCCCAUUUCAGAUCACAAGUAGGGGUUUACAUGUUGAAUGCUUCCCUUUGGAAAAAUAAACCCUUCCUGCACACAGAAAGCUAAAAUUUUGGAAAGAAUUGUACUAUGGUAGCCUUUGGCCUGUGAGACCAGUUUCAUAUGUAUGAGGAAAAUUAUUUUUUCCCAUGCAGGAUCAUUCAGGCACGUAAUUCAGGUACUCACUGACUGUAGUAAUACACCCCAGAAAAAAUUGCAUCACAUGAUCCAGCUGCAGGUGUACAUCAACUGGAAUAUUUGCAAGUAAAUAGUCUCAAGGUCAAUACGCAAGUCUCCAACAGUUAAGGAAUAUGUCUUCCUAACAUUUCACUUGAUCCACAGCUUAGUUUAGUAAAAGUACUUAGAUUUUGAGAUUUUUAGUUGUAGUGAUUAUGAUGGGACUACAUAGUUGUGAAUUAGGUGUAAUUAACUUGGCAACACUUCUAAGUGAAGUCUUAAUAAUUUAAAACGAGGCUUUGCCCGACUUUGAAUUAAAGUCCAUGUGCUAGAACUUAACUGGAAUUCUGUUUGUUAGAAAAAAAAUAUUUGCAGUUUCUGACUGAGUCUGUUGUAGGGUGCUGUAAAUGAGAACCCAUUUAUCUGAUUCAUUUCUAUGCUGGCACCAAAAAAUUAAAAAUCUACCUCAGGCUCAGAUCAACUGGUCAAGUUUAAAAUUCUUUUUGUGAUGUCAGUUGCUGUAAGAAAGCUGAACUUAAAAUGCAUGGCUACUUGCAGUUGUCUAAUUUGCAAUAUAUUCCCCCAUUCUGGCUAUUAUUUUUGUGGUGGGAGGUGGUGGUCUAUUGAGUCGUCAUAGUAAGUAGACUCAGAAUGAGAGGUUUGUUUUUACAGCAGCCAUGAGAUCAGUUGUCCUGAAUUGGUUUCUUAGGAAUUCCAGAAUUCUUUCUCAGAUGGUAAGAGACCUCUUAAGGCAGAGAUGGAGAACUUGUGACCCUCCAGAUGUUGCUGGACUCCACCUCCCAUCAGCCCCAGCCAACAUGAUGGGGGAGGAUGGGAGCUGAAUCCAAAGGGUCACAGGUUCCCCACCACUUCCUCACAAAAUACUAGAAAACCUAGGUUAAAGUUUAGGUAGUCUUAUGCCCAUCAGAAUUCAGUUUAAUCCAAGCUUCACUUAGUGUUUCUGCUGAUGGGAUUAAUGGUCCAGAGAAAUCUUUUUUGUACUUUGCUGGUUGCAAAACGAUGAUUUUCCUGAUGUUUUCGUAAUGUACAGGGACCAAACAGCAUACAUUCAGAUUUAAAUUGUUGUUAGUUUUUAGGCCAAGAAUUGGUGGGUGGGUUUUUGCUGAAGUUUUGAUAGACUUUUAAAAUAGUUCUGAUUUUCUAAGCAAUAUUGAAUUGUCAUCUGUGUACAACCACUGAUCAUGUGCAACAUAAAGGCUCUGAUUCUGUUAAAUAAAUUUCUU